CAUUCUCUACCCGCCUGCAAGCUACUGAACGCCUCUUCUUUUCUCGGCGUUAACAGGAACGACCACCACGGCCGAAUAGAAGUGUCGGCCAAGAUACAUUUUAUAAUUUUUAAUUAACAUAUACAUUGUCUUAGAUAUUUGAUUAGAAAGACCAUUCGGAAUGAAAUUGAAAACUGGCCGCAUACGUUUUUGUGUUUCGUCGACACCGUGGAGCUCAAGGGGGUAUGUGCCUGACUUAUAGCCAUUUUUUGCAGACAAAGAGAGCUGCUGAGUAGUGGUUAUAAAAGACAAAAGGGGCUUGGUCACUAUCUAUGGAGAAAGUGGGCAGGAUGUGGAGCAACCUGAGGAGCCGAUGCCAGACCCUCUUCCACAGCGACGGCGCGGGACCCAGUACAGAGAACAGCGUGGUGGAGGUGGACAGUAUGCACUGUGUGGUGGACCUGGGACGGGGAGGCACUUCAGGCGAGGCCCAGGCAUCUCGGGCCUCCAGCCUGUCCCGAAGCCUCUUGCCGCUUCCCAUGGUUACUGGAGGACGACGUCACAACUGUGUGUCGGACAUCCCCCAGAUAGUAGAGAGAACCAUAGACAGAAAAGACAGUGAGGAAGCGAGGGGGGUUCCUGGGGGAGUCCCUAUGGCCCGGAGAGACUCGUACUCGCGCCAUGCACCUUGGGGGGGCAAGAAAAAACACUCAUGUUCUACUAAGACCCAGAGCUCCAUGGAUACAGACAGGCGGUCGGGAUGCACACACAGGGCCGCUGGGCAAAGGGAGCGUCGCUACGGGGUCAGCUCCAUCCAGGAGAUGGAUGACUCUGGAGACGGGGGGCGCAGUCUGAGCGUCCGCUCCCUGCGCCAGCGGCUUAGCGACACAGUGGGCCUGUGUCUCCCCCUGCCCCCCCGCCGCCGCUCGCUCUCCUCCCAAACCCCAACCAUCUCCAAGCGCAAGAUCCACCUCACAGAGCUGAUGCUGGAGACCUGUCCCUUCCCACAGGGCUCGGACCUGGCCAACAAGUGGCACCUGAUUAAGCAGCACACAGCGCCCAUCAGCCCGCAUUCCUCCACGGCUCUGCUAGACGCCUUUGACCCGGCCCACCCCUCCCCCGAGGACGAGGAGGAGCGUCUGCGCGAACGUCGCAGGCUCAGCAUUGAGGAGGGAGUGGACCCCCCACCCAACGCCCAGAUCCACACCUUGGAGGCCUUGGCGCAGUGCUCCUCUCUGUACAAACUGGGACCAAAGAUGGCCCCCGGCAUUGCAGAGGCCUCUGGGGAGGCCCGGGGCACAACGGCCAGCUGCUCAGGAGGGGUGGCUGGGUCGUUGGGCUCGUCGGUGCAGGUGCUCGGAGGGGCUACAGCCCAGCUGGCUGACUGCGACUCGGAGGAGGACUCCACCACCCUCUGCCUGCAGGCCCGGAGGCCUAAGCAGCGGCACGCGUCCGGGGAUGGCCAUCUGAACCGGAACCAGCCUGGGCCCUGGAAGGUGCACACCCAGAUCGACUACAUCCACUGCCUGGUGCCGGACCUGCUACAGAUCACUGCGCUGCCCUGCUACUGGGGCGUGAUGGACCGCUACGAGGCAGAGGCGCUGCUGGACGGCCGGCCCGAGGGCACCUUCCUGUUGCGCGACUCGGCCCAGGAGGACUACCUGUUCUCGGUCAGCUUCCGUCGCUACAACCGCUCGCUGCACGCCCGCAUCGAGCAGUGGAACCACAACUUCAGCUUCGACGCCCAUGACCCCUGCGUGUUCCACUCAUCCACCGUCACGGGCCUGCUGGAGCACUACAAAGACCCCAGCGCCUGCAUGUUCUUUGAGCCGCUGCUCACGGCGCAGCUCCACCGGACCUUCCCCUUCGGCUUGCAGCACCUGGCCCGCGCCGCCAUCUGCCGCCAGACCACGUACGACGGCAUCGGCGCCCUGCCGCUGCCCCCGGCCCUGCAGGACUUCCUCAAGGAGUAUCACUACAAACAGAAAGUGCGCGUGCGCUGGCUGGAGAGGGAGCCGCCACUCAAGGUCAAAUAGUGGCCUGUGCGCCGCGGACGGAGUCGAAACAGAAAAAUCCCUGCCAAUCGGGAGAGGCCACACUGAAUGAACAUAGCACUACUCAGUCAGGCAGGGAGGGGAAACAGGAGAAGAGGAGUUAGGUGAAGUGAGCUAUCCAAGAUUCAUUCUAAUCUCUUUGUUUUAGUUAUCAUUUACAUCACUUGGGAUACAUAUGUAUGAUUAUAUUCAGUAUAAUGCUGUCUGGCAAGCACAUGUUUUUAAUGUUGAACAGGUUCUGGAAGGGAGAGCACAAGCCUUCAUACUUUGUCUCUCUCGCUCCUCUUUCAUUCUGUCUGCCUGAUCUCACAGCAUGAGCUGCCUGCAUGCCCCCCCUCAUCCCCCCAGUCUCUAUCUAGGCUCACAUGGUUAGCUAGCUAUUAGCUAGUUAGCUAUGUUGUACAGUUCACUCAUACUUUCUAACCUUCCUUCUUUUCCAUUUGCUUGAUCAAGCGACUAUACUGCCUGGCGGGCAUCGUUAGGCCUCAGGUUUAAGGUUAAUCAUCGCUCUCCUGGAAGGGGGGGUUGCUACGACUACAACUCCUACUGCAGUACGUUAGGGCCCGUUUGGUGGACAGUGUCAUACAGACACACACCCAGACAUCAUCAUGCAUCAUUGAGUAGGCCUAUGUCUAAAAUAAAAGAGGUGCUGUCCUGUAGGUCUUCACCCCAAGGGAAAUGCGGAAUGCGGCCAUGUCCAAAGGUGCUGUUUAGAGGUGCUGUCCUGUAGGUCUUCACCCCAAGGGCAAUGCGGAACGCGGCCAUGUCCAAAGGUGCUGUUUAGAGGUGCUUUCCUGUAGGUCUUCACCCCAAGGGCAAUGCGGAACGCGGCCAUGUCCAAAGGUGUAGUUUAGAGGUGCUGUGCUGUAGUUCUUCACCCCAAGGGCAAUGCGGAACGCGGCCAUGUCCAAAGGUGUAGUUUAGAGGUGCUGUGCUGUAGUUCUUCACCCCAAGGGCAAUGCGGAACGCGGCCAUGUCCAAAGGUGCUGCUACUACAUCCUGCUUCCGUACACCUAUAGGGAUACACAGGAUUGUGUGUGUGUGUGGUUACAGCGACUCCUGGGCUUUUAGAUAUCCUCACUGUGAUUUCUCGAAGCAUAAUCAUUGUCUCCCACCACUACUGUGUUGGCACGGGAGUGUGGUUCUUCUAAUGGAACAAUACUAACAAUAUUUGUCCUGUUUGUUGUUUUCUCACGUCUGUCAGUGGCUCAAACUGGCAACAGAACAGGCACUUUAACUUGGUCUGGUUUGUUUCUGGACCUGCGUUCUGCCUUCAUGGUGUCACACUGUGGCAUCCUCUGUGCUCCUCAGGGUUAACUUAUUAUCAUUCGUGCCCAUUGUUAGGUCAACGAUUGAGCCCAGUGAGUGAUGACUAAAAGCUCUACUUUGUUCAUUGCAUGGGGGUGUAUGUGUGUAUACAGUGCUAUGAAAAAGUAUUUUCCCCUUUUCUAAUUUUCUCUG